AUGGCCGUGCAUAUUGUAUUCUUCCAGAUAUGUGUAGCUCUCAUUGCACUACCGAUACACAUCCUUGCUUUCCUGGGCCUGUGGGAUCCCAUGGUCAAGAAAGUAUUUCCUUACCUUCUACAAAAAGUGACCAAGAAAGUCAACAAAUACAUGGGAGAGCACAAGAAGGAGCUCUUCAGGAAUUUGAAUGAUUUCAGAGGCCCUUCUGGGGAGAUCAGAGUCCUGGAGCUGGGCUGCGGCACCGGAGCAAACUUUCAGUUCUAUCCUGAAGGAUGUAAAGUCACCUGUGUAGAUCCUAACCCUAACUUCAAGAAGUUUCUGAGCAACAGCCUAGCAGAGAAUCAGCAUGUCCAAUUCCAGGCCUUUGUGGUGGCUCCAGGGGGGAGAACAUGGUCCAGAGAUACAGAGUGGAUCCAUGGAUGUUGUGGUCUGCACAUUGGUGCUGUGCUCUGUAAACAAUAUUGAAGGGAUUCUGGAGGAAGCUCAUCGUGUGCUGAGACCUGGAGGAGCAUUUUACUUCAUUGAACACGUUAAGGCAGAUCCUUCCUCUUGGAACUAUUUUUUUUUCAGGAAAUCUUGAAUCCAACUUGGAAACACAUAGGGGAUGGAUGCCGGCUAACUAAGGAAACAUGGAAAUAUCUGGAAAAAUCCAAAUUUUCUGAUCUCAAACUUAGACAUAUCCUUGCUCCAUUUAAAUACAGCCCUGUCAAACCCCACAUCAUUGGAUAUGCCCUGAAAUAA